CGCCUCUUCCACAAUUUACCUAACUUCACCGGUAGUAAUAUCAAACGCCGCAUGAUCAAAUAUUCUUGAAUUCAUUUGUCGUCCAAAGUCCAAAAUUUCAAUUUACAGUUCUUCUUCCACAUCCGCAAUAUUUGUUUUUCCAUUCUCCGUGCAUCCAUCUCCUGUCUUCGCUGCUUCAACCGACCUUAUCAAAUAUUAUUAAAACCGAAAUAGAGAUUGGAUUCAAUCACCAGGCAUAAUGGAUUUUGCUGGGAUGUACUCAACGAAAGGUGAUACGUUGCACAGUCAAUGCAGAUCUUCACAUGGAAGAAACCACCAUAAUGAUUACAACACCUCACCUGCUGCUGAUUCCUUCAACACCACAAAGUACUUCAGUGACAUCUUCCCACAUCAAGGAGAUCUUGCUCUUCAAAGCAACUUGAAUGAAAAAAUUAGAGAUUAUAGCUACAAUUACAAUGAUAGCUCUGUGAAACCUGUGGUUGAGCCUUCUUGUAAGCGAAUUAAGUGCUCAUCUCCUUCACGAGGGAGGUACCAUCAGCAACAACACCAUGCACAUAAUAAUUUUCCAUCGAGACAACCAUUCCUAAAUAGCAUUGUGCAUAAAAGGAAUCAGGGUGUUUAUGACACUGCCACCACAAUAUGCAACAAGAGUUCUACAAUUUCAUUUUCCAAUGGUAGUUAUAAUGAUAAGCCUUGUUCUAACGGGUAUGCAUCUAAUACCCACAAGCGUAGCCGAUCAGAAUUUGAAGACAGUGACAUUGAGGUGGUGUUUAUGUCCAGAGAGGAAAUUGAUAGGUGCUCUCCGUCCAGGAAAGAUGGUAUUGAUGCUUUGCAUGAAAUGCAAUUACGAUAUUCAUACUGUGCUUUCCUGCAGACGCUUGGAACCCGACUGGAACUGCCGCACACCACUAUUGGGACUGCCAUGGUUCUGUGUCACCGAUUCUUUGUUCAUAGGUCUCAUGCUAGUCAUGAUAGAUUUUUGGUGUCGACUGCUGCUCUCUUCUUGGCUGCCAAAUCAGAAGAGACGCCAUGCUCUCUCAACACCGUGCUGAGAUCAGCAGCUGAAAUAUUUCAUAAGCAGGACUUUUCUUAUUUAUCGUAUAUACUUCCCAUUGACUGGUUUGAGCAAUACCGCGAACGAGUUAUAGAGGCUGAGCAAUUGAUCUUGACAACUUUAAAUUUUGAGCUCAACGUACAGCACCCAUAUGGUUCUCUUACAUGCACUCUUGAGAAAUUAGGGUUUUCCCAAUCAGUUUUGGUGAAUUUGGCAAUGAACUUGGUCAGCGAAGGGGUCUUUAGAAGGAUUAGCAUGCUCGCUUGUAUGAUAUUCUUAGCUGGCGGUUGAUAUGCUGUUCAUCAAUUGUUUUGUUUUUCAUCUGAAGUUAAAUUUUUGGAUGCUUUUCACGUAACACGUAAAUAGCAAUUCAUUGGCCGUAGAAGAUAAGUCAGUGAUGCUCCUGGAGCAGAUUUGCCAUGACAGUGUGUUUUUAUUCACAUGGAAGAAACUUACUGACUUAAUGAGUGCUCUUUCACUUCUUUCCACCUGACCUAUUUUUUGGUCUCCACAUAGGGCACCGACUGAUAGGGGAAUUGAACCUGAAAAGGUGUUUGCUGAGUAAAUUUUGGGGGCACUUGACAGAAGCAUAUAAAUGCCCAAUAAGGCCAAGAGCAUAUUUCCAUGAUAUUUAUAAAUAAUAAUUUCAGUACUAAAUAUUUUCUUCAAGGUCAUACGCAAUCCGUAGUACACCUGCAAUUUGCAAACCAUGUGAAACACUAUUUUUUUAUCCUUUUCACGUAGAGGCUGUUUCUCUAGUUUGACUUUUGAACCCAUGACUUCAACUGGAAUGCUUAUACACUUGGCCACUGGACUAGGCCCGUGGUUUUUUACAACUAUAAAAAAAAGAGUACGCUAUUAAGUCCACUAUUAUACAUAGUAAUUUUUUACUUUUCAUAUGUUUAUUCAUCCCUUAUUGGAUUUUUUUUCUCACAUUUUCAUUUCUCUAGAAGUUUAUUACAAAAAAGAGUUGGUGUAAAAUCAAUUUGUUGUAGUUAUUCUGUCAGUGGUUACCAGGUUGAUAACAGUAAAGUUAAGCAAUUGCUGUACAAUACAACCCUAAAUGUGAUAUAUAUGCUAUUUUGGUAGAUAACAUUGGGGUUCAUACAUGGUAGUAAAUUUGUAAUGGACUAAUGGGUAUAUACAAACCUGACACCGUGAGGUUUUAUGAACAUUUCCGAAGUUGUUUCAUACUUAUGCCUUUCAAUAAUCCUCUCUAUCACUGAUCAUAGUCUUGUAGAAUGUACUUCGGAAGUCAGAUCACACCUUAUAUUUCAGCAUUUGUUGGACAGUAUCAGUUCCUGCUUAUGCAAUAAUGUAGCUUACCCAUCAAAAUAGCAAAAGGAAAUUCAUUCUUAUUGUUCUAUUAUUGCCUGUCCCAAAAAAGAGUCAUGUUACAUCUAGGUACAAUUUUUUAAUAUGGUAAAGUACAACUCUUAGAUACCAUUCAUCCUAGCUAUAUUUUUUAAUUUUUAUUGGGUAUAAUUGAAUUUGUAUAACUUGUUUUUUAUUUAAGUGCGGUGGAUUGGUCAUGCGGAUAGAAGAUUGAGUGAUGUACGUGUUAGAGGAGUUGAGAGAUUGGGAUGAGAGGGAGAAGAAGACCCAAACAGACGUGGAUUAGAAGAAUCAGAAUUGAUAUGCUUUUUCUUGGGUUGGGUGAGAGUAUGGCUUUGGAGAGAGCAAAGUAGAGGGCGCAAAUUUGUGUAGAGGAUUGAUCUCUUUUCUCUCUUUCCCUUCUCUCUUUUUCUUUUAUCUUUUUAUCUUCUUUAUCUUUCAUAUGUUCUUUUGUUAUUUUUAUCUUUUAUCUUUCUUAUGUAUCUUAUCCUUUUUAUAUUACCUUAUCCUUUGCUUCUUAUCUUUCUUUUCUUCUCGUCUCUGAUAGCAUGAAUCGAUUCAUGUUAGCCGACUCCAAAAUCUUGUGGGAGUAAGGCUUGGUUGUUGUUGCUGUAUCUUUCGUACGCUCUUAUGUUAUUUUUACCCUUUUAUCUUUCUUAUGUUCUUUUAUCUUAUAUAUAUCGUUAUCUUUAACUUAUCCUUUUUAUCUCACCUUAUCUUUUCUGUUUUCUCAUCUUUCUUUUCUUUUUGGCUCCAAUAUCAUGGAUCUUUUGGUAAUAAGACUUGAAUGUUGUUGUUGUACUUUUUAUAUUUAAGUGUAAUGAAAUAGCACCUCUUGUUAAAAAAUGGCUCUUUUUGUGGACAAAGUAGACUUUUUAUGGAAUGGAGGGAGUGUUUUUCAACAUUGUGAAAUCAUUCUCUUUGCAACUUAUGGAAAAUCUAUCACUUUUCCCUGCCCCUUGACUAUUUUUGCAUUUGUUUAAGUAGAAGUCAUUCCAAAGUUGUUGAGUUAUGUUUUUGCUGCUAAAUGAGUACACACUAUAUUAGCAGUUUUUGGGGGUUCAGGGGAUGAGGUUACAUUUUUUAUUGUUUGGGGAGGCGUUGGUGUACACUGUACAAUUUCAUAUGUCAUGUAAUUUUGUGGAGCAUGUAUGCGUAUUCCAUUACAAUCAUGCAUUAGGUGGCUGAACCUGACACAGCCACCUCAUUUAUGGUCGGUCUAUUUUUGUGAGAGGGCACAAUCGUACUUAGCCACCUCAGCAGCGUGUUUCUCACAUGCUUUUUAACUCUUUUUGGUUGUAACUAGUAAGUCAUUGUUAAAUGCAAAAGCUAUUAUAUGGCCUUUGUAUAGGGAAUGUGCCUCAGACUCUGUUCUUCCAUUCCUGGAAUGUGCGUCAGACCCUCUGUGCUUCCAUUCCUCCAAUGUUGUAGGUAUGUGCUUCACCAUAUGAUGUUGAGGCCAAGUCUUUUAGGACCUGAAUCAGAGUGGUUAGAUGGUUGACUAUCAUGCCAUUAACAGAUGUUUUCCUCUAGUACAUGAGGAAAACAUGAGGAUAUUUUUUAUAUGAGGAUAUUUUUUAUAUCCUUGGAAAGAAAGAUGGUGCCCUUGGACUUGGUACAUGAGGAUAUUUUUUAUACAUAGUUUAUGUAUUAAAAAAAGUAAAUGAUAAGAAGUUUAUCAGGAAUAUGAAUCUUGCUGUUCUUUUGUAAUUUGUACUAAUGAACAGCAGUUGGUUAAGUUAAAUUUUUGAUACCAUAUAUGGUUUUGCAUCAUUAGCUGCCUGGUGGACUUCACUUUUACUUCUAGAGUACUAGUACUACAAGAUUGUCUUAGAAUGAAGCUCAUGAUGGUUUCAAAUUGAGGCAUUCUCUUUUCAUGAAUAGAAGCUGGUAUUGUCAGUGAGUGACAUCUGAUUAGCCCUUACAUCUGAAAAGUAUAAAUUUCUGGGGGGUCGUUAUACACAUACCUGCAGCAGCAGAGCUGGGAACUGGGGAGGUUGUGCUCUCUAUCUAGAUGCUUAUAAACAUGUUUGUGCUAUUACUCUUGGUGCACUCUAUAUCAACAUUCUGCAGAAGGUUCUUGGAUUUAUCCAUCCCCCAUUGCUGCUCUGUAAUUAGUUGGCUUAGAAGUUCCCUUUGGCUUCAGUUCAAACCGAAACAGAUUGCUGCUGGUGCUGCAUACCUUGCUGCUAAGUUUUUGAACUUGAAUAUGGCUUCUAAUCACUUCAUCUGGCACGAGUUCCAAACCCCACCUCCUGUACUUCGAGAUGUUGCACAACAAUUGAUGGAACUCUUCUAGAGUGCUGAAAGGAGUCAAAUAACUAGACUAUACUUCUGCUGCACACUUGCUUCUUCUUCUCCUACAACAGUAAAUCUUCUUAGCUUCUAUAAACUACUACUCCAGCAGCAGUGAGCUUGCUGGUUGUGUUAACUUUUUUUGUAUAGUCUCAUGUGUAAGAGUAAUGUUGUAAGAGUAAUUCUAUGGAGGCAUAAAAAUUACGUUAUCAUUGAAUGAUAAUGCAAUUCAACGAUAACUUCUUCCUCUUGCGAUUUGCAGUUUUAAUGCCUUUUUAGAAUUACUCGUUGUAAAUGAACUAUUACAGAGGAGUUGUUGGAAUUGGAUUUAGCCUUAUUUUUUAAAUUUAUUUUUUGUGUUCGACUUGAAUUUGAAGCUUGGUACUACUAAUACAUUACUUCUAUUAUUAGUUAUAAUAAUUAAUGCUAUUAAUACGC